AUGGGCACUGCUGCUGCACUGGGUGGCUGCAGCUCGACGCGAAACGGGAAUUCGGGCCCACGCGCCGUCAUUGGCCGGAAGAAGGCUGCGAUGGUGCUUCCAUGGUACAGUACUAGCUCCAAUGGGCCAAAUCUAAAUUCGCCCAGCUCAGCAUUUUCAAUCUUCAAGGACAGGCAAUACCAGCAGGUACCGGUAGAUCAUCCUGUUACAUCACGUGAUGAAAAAGGGGUCCAAUCAUGGUUUUGCUUGCGCCGUCCAGCGGCAACUUUCUCGAGCAUUUUGAUCGAUGCAAGGAUCAUACCGACCGCUGCAAUCGCUUGCAUGUACCGUACCGGUACAGUACAGUACGGUCCGGAACAUAUGCAUCUGAUAAGCAGCACAGGCACAGGCACAGGCAUGGGCAUGGGCACGGCCACGGCCACGGCCACGGCCACGGCCACGGCCACGGUCACGGGCAUGGGCACGCGUCUACCGGAUAUCUGCAAGCGGCAGCCCCAAAGGCGGUGA